GUAAUUCAUGAGAAUUUGAGAAAAAAAGGAAAUAUUUUAGUUGUUAUAUCUUAGAUAAAAUGAUUUUUCCCGUUAUAUCUCGCAUUCUUUUACAACGAAAUCAAUAUAUUCCUGUUUUUAGAAAUAUAUUUGCAUCCAUAAAUUUUGAAGUAAAUAACAGAUUUAUUAGUACGCCGACUAAUAAACAAAUACGGACUUAUAUUUCUGUCCCGAACGGACUAAUGGGAUAUAUUGACCAGAAACUUUCCGGGUUCGGAGAAAAUUCUCCUAAUUUUCAAGUUGAGCAAGGAUUAAAAAGAGCCAGAGAGGAACUUCUAAACUGUUUGGCGGACGAGGCGGAGCUGAAAGCAAUGCUUGAAGAAAAUAUUGAUCCGGAGAUGAGUGAACUUGCUCGGAAAGAUCUGGAGAAUCUUGAAAAAAAAUCAAAAAAUAUUAUUGCUCAGCUAAUAGAUUUAAUUGUUCCCAAACCCGAGUAUGAUGCGGAGAAUGCUGUUUUGGAGGUUGUACCUGGAGCAGGAGGGUUGGAAGCCAGUAUGUUUGCGGAGGAGAUAUUUAAUCUAUAUAUGGCGUAUGUAAGAGAGCUAGGUUACAGUGCCGAGGUUACCGAGCUAUCCCGGAGUGUUGUUGGUAAACAAUCCAAGUUCUCAUCCUCGACUGGAAUAACGAAAGGUUCGGCUGUAAUCUCCGGAGUCAAUGUGUUCGGUCAGCUAAAAUUCGAGUCCGGAGUUCAUAGAGUUCAACGUGUCCCAGUAACCGGAAAUAAAUCUGACCGACUCCAAACCUCAACCUGCAGUGUAGCUUUCCUUCCCCAGCCCCGAGAGUUAAAGAUAGAGUUGGCUGACUCCGAUAUUAAGUUUGAGUACAUGAGAUCAAGUGGAGCAGGAGGACAGAGUGUUAAUACUACAGAUAGUGCUUGUAGGCUCACACAUUUUCCUUCAGGUGUAGUUGUGGAGUGUCAGGAAGAGAGAUCUCAAAUGAAGAACAAGCAGAAGGCGUUGAUCAAGCUGAAGAGGAUUCUCUACACCAGGGAGUUCAACGAGAUCCAGGAGAAGGUCUCUAAGUCCAGAAAACUACAGAUUGGAAACAUGAACAGAAAUGAGAAGAUCAGAACCUACAACUUUAACAGACAUAUGCUCACGGAUCAUAGACUUGGAGAAUCUAGGGUUGUUCCCAACAUUGUCUCAUACCUCUCCGGAGGUUACGGGUUCAGUAUUCUUACUGAGUUUAAAGAAUCCCUGGAGAAACUAGAUAUAGGAGAUAAAUUUGAAGAAAUUAUUCGACCCUUCUCCUCCUCAUAGCAUUCUUCUUUGCAGA